AAAGAUUCUCUUUAUAAUGACAGCUGGAUUCCUCGAACUCCACCCGUGUCUCCGGAAAUGGCCAUUUGUGUCUCCGUCUCCCUGUCUCCUUCCUUCUGUCUCUUUCGCUUCGUCGGAUUUUCCACUCUUGUCUCUGCUUUGUCUUGCUUUCUUGCCCUUCACUCUCGACACAGCGGCUUUCGUCCACGCGUCCCAACUGCAAAAGUCUCGCCCGCGCUUUCGUUUUUCUUCUUGACGGCGUAGCGCCUUUCCAUCUUUUCGUCGUCUUGCGCUUGCGCCAACUUUCCAGCAAUCCACCAAACGUUUUUACCGGCGACUUUUGCGUUGUGGAUGCUGCGGUCAAAGACUUGCCGUUGAGGAAAGAGUCCAUCUUUAUUGCUCUCUGAUAGCCCUGUUGCCGAGACAUUGCAUUGAAAAAUCCUUUCCAGCUGCCUCCUCUCCUUUCUGAACUGCUCCUGCAGACUGUCAGCUUCUCCAUUUUGUGCUGUCCGGUGUCGCCGCAUCCUGGAUCUGACCGUUCUCUUUUUUCUUGGCCGUCUUCUUCGGGUUCUCAGCUGUACUCUGCCUCUCGUUCCUCCUCUUCUCCACCGCGCGAGACUGAAGGCUUGUCUCGACGGUUUUGCUGACAAAGUGCACAGAGGCCAGAAGGUCGAACAUGAAAAAAGGCACUCGAGAAAGUACAUCCAAAAGAACAGGGAAGAGGGGAUGCACACCGAAGGGGGGCGCUGCAGCUGGAACAAAGUCCUGAAAAAGAAUUGAAACGUUCCUCACCACGUUCUGCUUGUCCCCCUUCUGCAGUCGAGUUGUGCAAUGCACUGCGGGGUCUGUAGGCCGGGCUUCCCCUCUCAGGAGGAGCGGAACGGCACUGCUCUCCAAACCUGUCUCUUCCUCUCCCCCGCUUCCCCUUGUUGUCUCUUGAUAGCCACUGCUCAGAAACGCGAGACGGCGCUUUCUGUCCGUCGCUUCCUUUAGUCAGCGAGGAGACGUUCGUUCUCCGAAUCGCUGCUUCCCAGUCUGUCCCCUUCUUUUGCCGCAGCUCUUCUCUCCUCCAUCCCAGCCACGAUGCCUCUUCUUCUCUUCUUCUUCUUUUUGUUGUUGUCACUGUGGCUGCCCGCCAGCUGCGCUUCUCUGAGGGGUUCGAACCUUGUCGCGCGUCUCUCCUUUCUCCUACAGAGAAAAGAUCCUUCUUCCUCCCGAUCGUCGCUUGCCUUCGUCUCCCUGCCACCGCGAAGAGCUGCUCUUGAUCUGUAUUUCUCGCGUCCGGCGUCGUAUUUGUUCCCUCGCUCUCGCGUUGCCAGCAGUCGCGAGUGGAGAGCUCGAAGUCUCCAGUUUCUCUCGGGAGCACUGACAGCUCCCGGUGUGCCGCCAGCGGGCAGGCCUGAUCCCCUCACGCCGGCGCUCUUCUUCGCCAAGCGAAAUGCCGAAGAAAGCAGCUUUCCUGGUCCGAGAGGAGUUUUUCAUCAAGAGACACAACACUCGCUGCAGCCAUGCGGAGUUCCAGUGGGGAGCGUCAACGCUUUGAAAGAACUCUUGCGACGUACCGAAGAAGACCCUGUCUCCUCGCUUGUCUCCUCGCCUGCGUCUCUCGCGCCUCCGGCUUCGCCUCCCUCCACGCGUGUGAAGAGACUUGUGGUUUUGGGAAGCACUGGCAGCAUCGGGAAGAGCACAUUGGAGAUCGCCAGAGAGUUUCCUGAUAUAUUUCAAAUUGUUGGCCUCGCAGCCGGGGGCUCCAAUCUCGCUCUUCUCGCCGAGCAAGUGGCUGCUUUCAGGCCACAGUACGUGUAUCUCGGAGACUCUUCCAAGGUGGCAGAGCUCCAAGAGAGGCUGAACGAUCAUGAGAGAAGCGCUGCUUUUCCUCGGCCCCGUCUUCUCUUGGGCGACGAGGGCCUUGCAGAGCUUGCAUGCGUCCCCAACUACGAUAUUCUUGUCUCCGCUAUUGUCGGCUUCAAAGGAGUUCUCCCCACACUGAAGGCCCUCGAGGCAGGCAAGGACGUGGCACUAGCGAAUAAAGAGGCCCUGGUCGCGGCAGGCCCCGUUUUCCGCUGUCUCCUCUCCACGCGCGGUCUGCUCUACGGGGAUCAAGAGAGGCAAGACAGGCACGAGAGAUCGCACAGAAGCGGAGACCAAGAAGGAGACAGAGAAGAAGACACAGACGGAGACAGAAGGGAGGAAUGCGACAAGAGGCGCGCGAAGGCAGGGCAGAAAUGCGGCCUCCUUCUUCCUGUCGACUCCGAACACUCGGCAAUCUUUCAGGCGCUUCAAGGUGUGCCGGCCUCUUGCUACCCCCCUCGGAAGCUGCUUCUGACUGCUAGUGGGGGACCCUUCCGAGGCCGGACGCGAGACGAACUGGAGCAAGUAACUCUUGAAAGUGCUCUCAAACAUCCCAAGUGGAGCAUGGGCGCGAAAAUCACAAUCGACAGCGCGACGUUGAUGAACAAGGGCCUGGAAGUCAUUGAAGCUCACUUCGCCUUCGGGUGUCCAUACUCCUCCAUCGAGGUCCUUGUUCACCCCCAAGCUGUCAUCCACUCUGCAGUUGAACUACGAGAUGGCGCCACGCUCGCCCAGCUUGGCCUCCCUGACAUGAAGCUGCCCAUCGCCUACGCCCUCACUUGGCCUCAUCGGCUUGCCGCACCGUGGUCGGCAGGCGUCGACCUGACCCGGGAAGGCAAUCUGACGUUCGAGAAGCCCGACUUAAACACAUUUGGGUGUCUAGGCCUCGCCUACGAGGCAGGCGAACGAGGAGGCGUGGCGCCGGCUUGCUUGAAUGCGGCAAACGAAGUAGCUGUUGAGAGAUUCCGCAACAAAGAAAUCGGGUUCGUGGACAUCGAGGACACCGUUCGCCACGUCAUGGCUUUGCAGGAGAGAGAACGGGACAACUUCUCAGACGUCUCUCUACAGGAUGUCUUCGACGCUGAUCACUGGGCUCGCACAGCAGCGAGGGCCUUUAAGCCGAGGAAGUGAACACGCAAAAU